UCUGCCUGCCUGCCUGCAGUGCUGGUCUACCUGGUCGGGGCUCUGGAGGUGGGUGUUGUUUUCUUCCCCUUCUUCGCUUGUCUCUCCACCCCCUUCAGAGGGGUCGGAGGGCUGCUGGGAAUCCUUUACAGUCUCACCUGGAUCAUCGUGACCCUGUGGGACACAUCCAUCUGCCCUGCUGGUAAGGUGCUGGGAGCCUAUGAGAAGGUGAUCACCCAAUGGCCGUCCAUCGUGUCUCUGUUCUUCCUGCUGGGACGUUUCUCCUACAUGCUGCUGAAGGAUGUCCGGGUCCGCAUGCACCUCCAGCCAGAGGACCCAGAGGAGCUCAUUCACCACCACCAGGUCCUGCAUGUGAAGAGACUUCUGGAUAAGAACCCUCCCAGGAAGGAGCAGAGCUGGUUCAGCAGGAGGGUGUACGAGUGGGACCCUCACUUCAGGUUCCCCGGAAGACUCAUCGGAACCUCCAUCAUCUCCCUGAUAGGUCUCUAUACGAUGACGCUGGCAGACUACAGUCUGAGUGACUAUGCGUUCGACCGCAUGGAGGAGUGGAGGCUGACCCUGGAGAGGCUGGCCUCCGCCUGCAACCAGACCCAGCCUCUAGUGGCCUUCACCAGCCAGCUGGAGGAGUUCACUCUGGUGGCCAGGAAGAGCUGGCUGGCGACCACUAUAGUGGCCUGUCUCACGUCUGUGUCCUACACGCUGCACGUCCUGGCCUGCUACAGAAAGCACCUGAAGAGAUUGUGGGCAGGACAGAAGGGCUUUCUUCCGGAGAAGUUCCACAACCCCAGUUCUGCCGUCAGCGUGGUGAGCUGCCAGAGUUUAGAACUCUGAACUUUCCAAAGUGCCCUCCCACGCACACUCCGGAAAGCUGUCUGUUUGUUCUUGAGGACGCUUGUUAGACCGGUUUUGAUGUUAAUGUUAAUGAUGGUCAGCCUGGUCGUCCUGCAGGUGGUGCUGGUGCAGCUGUUCUUCCUGCAGGACAGGAUCUCCCCCUCGGACAAGGAGAAACCCCUGGCUCUCAACAACAG